ACGAAAUUUAGGCUGCGUGUCUGCAAGAAAAUUCUAGCAGCCAAGACGGGGUCACCAAAUGAAGGAUCUAAAGAACCUUCAUUUGACGAACAACCGCAAAGACAAGACGCACGUCUUGAUGAUAUGAGAAGACAAGAACGAGUGCUGUAA